AUGUUGGGGCUUAACAAAAUAAUUUUGUUUCUUCUCAUCGCUCCGUCUCGCCUUUUAUUAAUUCCCCUUACACUCUUCUUGGCCUUCUCCGACAUGGACAGUGUCCACCCUCUCCCUCUCUCUUUGAACUUACCUGAGGAAGAACUCAGAAUAAUUGAUUUCUGGAGAAAAUCUAAAAUAUUUGAAACUUCUUUGCAACAGUCCUUAGAUAAGCCGAGGUUCACCUUCUAUGAUGGUCCGCCAUUUGCAACCGGCCUACCACAUUAUGGUCAUCUCCUCACCGGAACUAUUAAGGAUAUAAUAACUCGUUAUGCUCAUCAACGUGGAUUCAAUGUAGAGCGUAGAUUUGGUUGGGACUGCCAUGGCUUGCCAGUGGAAUACGAAGUUGAUAAGCAACUUGGAAUUACAGGACCUAAUGAUGUUAAAAGAAUAGGAAUUAAGGCUUACAACGAGUCGUGCAGAUCCCUUGUAAUGAAAUAUAGUGAUCAGUGGGAAGUCAUUGUAGAGCGCUUGGGUCGCUGGAUAGACUUUGAGAAUGAUUAUAAAACAAUGUAUCCAUCCUUUAUGGAGUCUGUUUGGUGGGUAUUUAGGCAGCUCUAUGAUAAAGGACUAGUUUAUCGUGGCAUCAAAGUUAUGCCAUAUUCAACGGCUUGCACAACACCGUUGUCGAAUUUUGAAGCCGGACAAAACUACAAAGAUACUCAGGAUCCUUCAAUAAUCAUUAGUUUCCCCCUAGAAGGCCAACCAGAUGUCGAGUUGAUUGCCUGGACGACAACCCCUUGGACUCUUCCGAGCAAUUUGGCAUUAUGCGUUAAUCCUGAUAAAGAAUAUAUUAAAUUUGAAGAUAUUAAUAAAAAAAGAAAGUUUAUAAUGAUGGAGUCUAGGCUUUCUAUGAUUUUUAAGGACCCUAAUGAAUACAACGUCAUUGAGAAGUUCAAAGGGGGAAAAAUGGAAGGCCUGGUCUACGUACCUUUAUUUACUUAUUUUGAGCAGUUCUAA